AGGACGGGUCGACAUGGUGCAGUUUGACGGACUAACCGCAGACCAGAGGCGCAAAGUGUUUGCCGCUCAAAGCCAUUCUCACUCGAUUACGAUCGCUACCAUCGGCGGUGGACCGGCUGCAGGUUUGAAUGGAUUGCAGGACCUACCUCCUAUCGAUGGAUACGGGCUAUCUAAUAAUAGACCGUCAGGAUGGAUAGUUCAACAAGAAGUUGCUCGUAUGAUGGAUUCAUUGUUAGAUCCGUUUUCAUCAUUUGCGUCAUUUUCUAAACCCAUUCGACGAACAAACCAAUCAUCAAAACGAUCACACCUUUACAGAUCCUCGUCACAACAAACGCAGACACAAAACUUUGCAUCCAAUACUAAUCGCGCAAAUAAUGAUAAUCAUUCUAACGGUAAUAAUCAGCAACAAUAUAAAUCAAACGGUCCAUCCGAGAAAUGGGCUGCUUCUUUAAGAAAAAGAGAUCCAGAGCUAUUGCCCGCCAUACACCCAAAAAGGGAUAGGUGUUGUUCACAUCCUGGUGGAUAUAGAACAAAACCUGUAAUACCACCACUUCAUCAUCAUCCUACGCCAUCGACGGCUCCUCGACCAACAGAAUAUAAAAAACAACCACAGAAAACCAAAACCGUCAUUGGUUACGAACCUCAUUUGGUAGACAUUAUUGAAAAAGACAUUUUACAGAGAAAUCCCAAUGUCCAGUGGGAUCGGAUCGCUGGUUUGAAGCAUGCGAAAACAUUAUUACAAGAAGCCAUGGUGUUACCGAUGCUGAUGCCAGAUUUUUUUAAGGGCAUCCGGAGACCGUGGAAGGGUGUUUUAAUGGUCGGUCCGCCCGGUACCGGGAAGACAAUGUUGGCUAAGGCUGUAGCUACCGAGUGCGGGACGACGUUUUUCAACGUUUCCUCGUCUACGAUGACAUCUAAAUACCGAGGAGAAUCAGAGAAAUUGGUCAGACUGUUGUUUGAAAUGGCAAAAAUUCAUUCGCCGUCAACAAUAUUCAUAGACGAAGUAGACUCGUUGUGUUCCUUACGGGGUUCCGAAGGCGAACACGAAGCGUCUAGGAGGUUUAAAGCGGAACUCUUGAUUCACAUGGAUGGCUUAAACUCGUCCAGUGACGAAGAAAAUACCCCAUCUAUCAUGGUUCUGGCAGCCACUAACCAUCCAUGGGAUAUUGAUGACGCUUUCAGAAGACGCUUCGAAAAGAGAAUAUAUUUGCCGUUACCAAAUGACGAGUCGCGGAUAACAUUGUUGAAACUGUGCUUGGAAGGUGUAAAUUUGGACGACUCCUUCGAUUAUAGAUUCGUAGCCAAUAAAUUAAGAGGCUACACAGGAUCUGACAUAGCUAACGUUUGCCGGGAUGCAGCUAUGAUGGGUAUGAGGCGUAAGAUCGUCGGACAAACCCCGGACCAAAUUAAGAAUAUAAAACGUGCCGACAUAGACUUACCAGUAACGGUCCAAGAUUUUGACGAAGCUAUCGAGAGGUGUCGAAAAACUGUUACCAGUCAAGAUAUUGAAAAAUAUCAAUCAUGGAUAGAUGAGUUUGGCUCAUUUUAAUCGUUAAAAGUUUUGAUUUUAUCUUAACACAUUAUAAUUUUGUUAUUCUACAACAAUAAAAAUAUAUUUCCGUCCUA